GUUCCUAUACGCAGUUCUAAUUUCUCAUAAGUCUAGUUUCUCAGGGGAGGACAGACUUGAACGGUGCGCCUGACUCCAUGUGGGCUCUUAUCUUCUGUUUCCUGAGUCGCCCCCCGGACAGCGGAGCGCGGUCACAUUCUCUGCGUUAUUCGUACUCAGCUGUGACUAAGCCAGGUCCAGGAGUCCCUGCAUUUUCUGCCACCGGCUUUAUAGAUGACCAGCCCUUCAUCCACUAUGACAGCGACAGCAUGAAGGCAGAGCCUUCUGUGGACUGGCUGAGGGGAGAUCCAGGGUACUGUGAUGAUGAGACCCAGGUCUUCACCAAUCGGAUGAAGAUUUUCCAGUUGAGCCUGAGAAAUGUACAGCAGUACUACAACAGCUCCGGGCCCAAGAGUCAGAGAGCAAUAGAUGGCUCCCGCCAGCAAGCAGGCCCUCACACCCUCCAGUUCACGUAUGGCUGUGAGAUUCAAGAUGACAGAAGUACCACGGGACAUUGGCAAUAUGGCUACGAUGGCAGGGACUACCUGACCUUGGAUUUGGACUCUAUGCAAUAUAUAGCAGCCACAUUCAUUGCCAGCUACACCAAGCGGAAGUGGGAAAACAGUGAGUAUUGGCUGGAGAAAGACAGCAGCUACCUGAAGAAGGAAUGUAUACUGUGGCUGAAGAGAUACUUGGCCCUGGGAGGAGAGAACUUCUUCCGAACUGACCCUCCCCAGACAAGUGUAACCUACCAUCCCAUGCCUGAAGGUGACAUCACCCUGAGGUGCUGGGCCCUGGGCUUCUACCCUGCUGACAUCACCCUGACCUGGCAGAGGGAGGAGGAAGAACAGACUCAGGACAUGGAGCUGGUAGAGACCAGACCUUCUGGGGAUGGAACCUUCCAGAAGUGGGCAGCUGUGGUGGUGCCUUCUGGGGAGGAACAGAAGUACACAUGCCAUGUGCAACAUGAGGGGCUGCCUGAGCCCCUCACCCUGAGAUGGGAGCCUCUUCAGUGCAGUACCCCAACCACAGAAGAGUGUGUUAGGGGCAGCAGAUGUGGACAUACAGUGUCCAGGGGUGUUCUCCUGCUUAUUGUCGGUUUCAUAGCAGCUGUGCCUCUUGUUGGAAUUGCCUGCUACAGUUUCAAGAAAGGAAAAGGAGUGCCCUGUGUUGGAAAGAGGGUCAAGUUGUAACUCCUGCCAUGGGACCACCGUGAGAGGGGAAACACUGCAGGCAUCACGGACUCUGGCAUCUCAUUACAUGUCCUGACAGCCAUAAGAAACAACCUGGGCUGACGACUCUCCAAUAAGUCACAGAGUUAGUGACCUCAACAGGUCCCCUGUAGGAAUUCUGUCAUCAGUCCAAGUCAAUUGUAAGGAACAGCUAGGCCCAAAGGAUGUAGUUUUUAUUGGAGGGUACGUGACCAGAAUAAAUGGAGGGAAGAAGCCUGCUCUCUCGGUAAGUGGAUGGACUGGCAGCGAGCCACAGGAGAAGUGUGACUGGUGGCUUGGUUCACGAUCCUUGGGGAGAGCUGGACCCCCAUCUGGAAGAGCACAGGGCUGGUGAUGCAGCCUGGAUUCCUCAUUUCUGAGUUGUAAUCACUGUGCAGGGAUUUUGCUAUUAGUAAAAGGUAAUGCAAUCCUCAGACUUCCUUCCUUAGCCCUUGGCUGGAGAGUUUACCCUCCGUCAUCAAAGCCAGCAGUUUAGUGUGUUCUCGCCCAUCUGAACCCCAUCUCUCUCAAACUCUGGCUUGCCUACCUUUUCUGAAACACCUUUACAUCACUAGUUCUUUUCGGCUGCCCCAGGAUGCCCUCCCCCUCCUCACACCCUGAACACCAUCUCCAAAUCCUAGUUGCCAUGAAAAGUAACGUGUGCUGGGUUGUUUUAUGUCAACUUGACACACACAGGCUGGAGUCAUCUGAGAGGAGGAACCUCGACAGAGGAAAAAAGCCUCCUAAUAUCAGUGGAUUCUAUAAAGUGGGCUGAUCAAGCCAUGGUGAACAAAUCAGUAAUCAGGGCCCCCUCAUGGCCCCUGCAUCAGCUCCUGCCUCUAAGUUCCUGCCCUGUGUGAAUGCCUGUCCUUGCUGCUUUUGAAGAUAAACUGUUAUUUGUAACUGUGGGUGAAAUAAAACCUAUCCCCACCAAG